UUUUUCCUGUUUAGUUGACAAGAAACUACUGGGAAAAGAAGAAGAAGAAGAGGAGGAAAAGAGUUUGUGAUGGAAUCAAAAGGAGAUAUGAGCAAAACAAGUUUAAACACAGGGAAAAAAAAGGAAGCAAUACCUGUUUUAAGAUAAUAAAAUUGUAAAGAAAUUCAAGUGUGUGGAGCAAUAAUGAUAAUAAACAGAUAUUGUGAAAAAAAUAGAGGAAGGAAUUAAGGAUAAAUGGAGUUAUGGACGGAUAAGCUUGUUGAUUUUGUUUCUUUUCUCUUUCAUUCACUUUCUCUGCCUCCAAACAGACUCUAAAAGCUGAUGUAAUUAAUGAUCGAUUUUCUCUAGCAGGCUGUUCGCGUAAAUAGGCGGCUAGCUAGAAAUAGCUUAAUCAGGAUCCGAGUGAAGGUGAGACGUACAUCCAUAUACGUGGAGAGCUAGCUAAGGAGCAGAGAGAGCUAGCUACCGAGCUCGCACUUAUUUAAUAAUCAAUGUCGACUCUAGACCCGGGCCAGCAAACGCUGACUCGGCGGCCAUCCCGCAGUGCCGCCACCACCACCUUCUCCACCGAGGUCUUCGACAACGAGGUCGUCCCCUCCUCUCUCGGCUCCAUCGCUCCAAUUCUCCGCAUUGCCAACGAGAUCGAGAAUGAGCGUCCUCGCGUCGCCUACCUCUGCCGGUUUUAUGCGUUUGAGAAAGCGCAUAGGUUGGAUCCGAACUCUGGCGGACGAGGUGUGAGGCAGUUCAAAACAUCUUUGCUGCAAAGAUUAGAGAGGGACAAUGCAUCCAGUCUUGCAUCUCGGCUUAAAAAGACUGAUGCGCGGGAAAUAGAGAGCUUUUAUCAGCAGUACUAUGAACACUAUGUUAGAGCACUUGACCAGGGAGACCAGGCAGACAGAGCUCAACUUGGCAAAGCCUAUCAGACAGCAGGAGUUCUUUUUGAAGUGCUGUGCGCUGUCAAUAAGACAGAGAAAGUUGAAGAAGUUGCCCCUGAGAUUAUUGCUGCGGCUAGAGAUGUCCAAGAAAAGAAAGAAAUAUAUGCACCAUACAACAUUCUUCCCCUGGAUUCUGCUGGGGCAUCACAGUCUAUCAUGCAACUUGAAGAGGUGAAGGCUGCUGUUUCUGCACUGUGGAACACUCGUGGCUUGAACUGGCCUGCAGCAUUUGAGCAGCAGAGGCAAAAAGCUGGGGAUUUGGACCUUCUCGAUUGGCUAAGAGCCAUGUUUGGCUUCCAGAGAGACAAUGUCAGGAACCAGAGGGAGCAUUUGAUUUUACUACUUGCUGACAAUCAUAUAAGGCUUAACCCCAAGCCGGAACCUCUUAAUAAGCUAGAUGAACGAGCUGUUGAUGCUGUGAUGAACAAGAUUUUUAAAAAUUACAAAAAUUGGUGCAAGUUUUUAGGACGAAAACACAGUUUACGUCUCCCUCAAGGUCAGCAAGAAAUACAACAGAGAAAGAUUCUGUACAUGGGUCUAUAUCUUCUUAUCUGGGGUGAGGCAGCCAAUGUUCGCUUCAUGCCAGAAUGUCUAUGCUAUAUUUUUCACAAUAUGGCGUAUGAACUUCAUGGCCUGUUGGCCGGAAAUGUAAGCAUUGUUACCGGAGAAAAUAUCAAGCCUUCUUAUGGUGGAGAUGACGAGGCAUUCUUGAGGAAGGUCAUAACGCCAAUUUACCGUGUCAUUCAAAAGGAAGCCAGUAAGUGCCAAAAUGGAAAAGCUUCACACACAAAGUGGUGCAAUUAUGAUGAUCUUAAUGAGUAUUUUUGGUCAACUGAUUGCUUCUCCCUUGGUUGGCCUAUGCGCGAUGAUGGAACUUUUUUUAGAUCAACACAGGACAUGGCACAGGGAAGAAAGGCUUCUCCAAGAAAAUCUGGAAGCACAGGCAAAUCUUAUUUUGUGGAAACCCGAACUUUUUGGCACAUCUUUCGAAGUUUUGAUCGAUUGUGGACAUUUUACAUACUAGCUCUUCAGGCAAUGGUUAUCUUUGCUUGGAGUGGGGCCUCAUUUUCAGAAAUUCUUCAAAAGAAUGUCUUGUAUAGCAUAUCCAGUAUCUUCAUUACAGCAGCCUUUCUUCGCUUUCUUCAAAGUAUUUUGGACCUUCUUCUGAACUUUCCGGGGUUCCAUAGAUGGAAAUUCACUGAUGUGCUGAGAAACAUGCUGAAGAUAAUUGUUAGUCUCGCAUGGUUCAUUAUUCUUCCAUUGUGUUAUGCACAGGCCUUCAACGUGUCCCGGAGGAGAAUCAGAGAUUCAUUGUCAUUCCUUCGUGAUGUGAAGGAAAUCCCUCCCCUAUACGUUAUAGCUGUGGUAGUAUAUUUGAUUCCAAAUAUUUUGGCUGCUGCUUUGUUUAUCUUUCCCAUGUUUCGAAGAUGGAUUGAGAACUCCGACUGGCUUGUUAUCAGAUUCCUUUUGUGGUGGUCACAGCCAAGAAUUUAUGUUGGGAGGGGGAUGCACGAAAGUCAAUUUGCACUUAUAAAGUAUACCUUUUUCUGGGUGCUACUUUUGUGUUCAAAAUUUGCAUUCAGCUAUUUUAUCCAGAUAAAACCUCUGGUAAAGCCAACUAAAGAUAUAAUGAACAUUAAGCAUGUAGAUUACAAGUGGCAUGAGUUUUUCCCAAACGCGAAACACAAUUAUGGAGCAGUUUUGUCCCUCUGGGCACCAGUAAUCUUGGUCUAUUUUAUGGAUACUCAAAUAUGGUAUGCUGUUUUCUCAACUAUAUAUGGUGGCUUUGUUGGAGCUUUUGAUCGCUUAGGAGAGAUAAGAACUCUAGGCAUGCUAAGAUCACGGUUCCAAUCCUUACCUGGUGCAUUUAACGCAUAUUUGGUGCCUUCUGAUAAGACAAAAAAGAAGAGGUUUUCUUUUUCAAAGAGAUUCGCUGAGGUUUCAGCAAGCAGGAGAAGUGAGGCUGCAAAAUUUGCUCAGUUAUGGAAUGAAGUAAUAUGUAGUUUCCGUGAAGAAGAUCUCAUUAGUGACAGGAAAAGCCCCUUAACAAAAAUAUAUUUUUUAAUUUUUUCAGGCAACAUCUUUUUCUUCCAGCUGUUGAGACUAAUAUGGUUAUUCUUCGAAUCCAGGGAGAUGGAUUUGUUGCUAGUUCCUUAUUCAUCAGAUCCUAGCCUCAAAUUAAUUCAGUGGCCUCCCUUUCUGCUAGCAAGCAAGAUCCCAAUAGCUUUGGAUAUGGCAGCUCAGUUUCGGUCAAAGGAUGCUGAUCUCUGGAAACGCAUUUGUGCUGAUGAAUACAUGAAAUGUGCUGUGAUAGAAUGCUACGAAUCCUUCAAGCAUGUCCUCAAUGUUCUGGUGGUUGGAGAAAAUGAGAAAAGGAUAAUUGGCAUUAUCGUUAAAGAAAUUGAAAGCAACAUUUCAAAGAAUACAUUUCUUACAAAUUUCAGAAUGGGUCCCUUACCUGCUCUUUGCAAGAAAUUUGUGGAGCUUGUGGAGAUUUUGAAAGAUGGUGAUCCAUCCAAGCGAGAUAAUGUGGUAUUAUUGCUGCUGGACAUGUUAGAAGUAGUUACCCGUGAUAUGAUGGUGAAUGAGAAUCGCGAAUCGAUGGACCUUGGACAUGGCGGAAAGGAUUCAGGAAGGCAACUUUUUUCUGGUACUGAUGCAAAACCUGCUAUAAUGUUCCCUCCUGUAGUUACAGCACAGUGGGAUGAACAGAUAAGGCGUCUUCAUCUUCUUUUGACUGUAAAAGAAUCUGCUAUGGAUGUACCAACAAACCUUGAAGCACGUAGAAGGAUUUCAUUCUUCACGAAUUCCUUGUUUAUGGAUAUGCCACGUGCUCCCCGAGUCCGUAAAAUGCUUUCAUUCAGUGUCAUGACCCCAUAUUACAGUGAAGAGACUAUUUAUUCGAAAUCUGACCUUGAAAUGGAGAAUGAAGAUGGUGUAUCAAUCAUUUACUACUUGCAAAAGAUCUACCCAGAUGAAUGGAACAACUUCAUGGAACGACUCAAUUGUAAAAAGGAGAGUGAAAUUUGGGAAAAUGAAGAAAACAUUUUGCUUCUACGUCAUUGGGCCUCCUUAAGAGGUCAAACUCUUUUCCGCACAGUUAGAGGGAUGAUGUAUUACAGACGGGCUUUGAAACUUCAGGCCUUCCUUGAUAUGGCUAGAGAGACUGAGAUACUAGAAGGCUAUAAAGCAAUUUCAAUUCCAUCUGAGGAAGAUAAGAAAAGCCAAAGAUCCCUGUAUGCUAAACUAGAGGCAGUAGCAGACAUGAAAUUCACAUAUGUUGCUACCUGUCAAAAUUAUGGAAAUCAGAAGCGGAGUGGUGAUCGCCAUGCAACAGAUAUCCUGAAUUUGAUGGUUAACAAUCCCUCCCUACGUGUUGCAUAUAUUGACGAAGUUGAAGAAAGUGAUGGUGUAAAAGCUCAGAAGGUUUACUAUUCUGUGUUGAUCAAAGCUCUUGAUAAUCUUGAUCAGGAAAUCUAUCGUAUAAAAUUGCCAGGUUCUGCAAAAUUAGGAGAAGGAAAGCCUGAAAAUCAGAAUCAUGCGAUAAUAUUUACCCGAGGUGAAGCUCUUCAAGCCAUUGACAUGAAUCAGGAUAAUUACUUAGAAGAAGCAUUCAAAAUGCGCAACCUUCUUGAAGAAUUUCAUGAGGAUCAUGGGGUGCGUCCACCUACAAUUUUAGGUGUUCGUGAACAUAUCUUCACAGGAAGUGUUUCUUCUCUGGCUUGGUUCAUGUCAAAUCAAGAAACGAGUUUUGUCACCAUUGGUCAAAGAGUUCUUGCAAGACCAUUGAAGAUCCGAUUCCAUUAUGGGCAUCCAGAUGUGUUUGAUAGAAUCUUUCACAUCACCAGGGGUGGCAUCAGCAAAGCUUCUCGUGGUAUCAAUUUGAGCGAGGAUAUCUUUGCCGGUUUCAAUUCAACAUUAAGACGAGGGAAUGUCACUCAUCAUGAGUAUAUUCAAGUAGGGAAAGGUCGAGAUGUUGGACUCAACCAAAUCUCUCUUUUUGAAGCAAAAGUGGCAUGUGGCAAUGGGGAGCAAACCCUCAGCAGGGAUAUCUACAGAUUGGGCCAUCGUUUUGACUUCUUCCGCAUGCUUUCCUGCUAUUUUACAACAAUUGGCUUUUAUGUCAGUGCAAUGAUGGUUGUCCUUACGGUCUAUGCUUACUUGUAUGGCAAGCUUUACCUAUCAUUGAGUGGAUUGGAGGGUUCAAUAAUAAAAUAUGCAAGGAUUAGGGGAGAUGAUCCGCUAAAGGCAGCCAUGGCCUCGCAAUCCCUUGUCCAAAUAGGUCUUUUGAUGGCCUUGCCCAUGGUCAUGGAGAUGGGACUGGAGAGAGGGUUCAGAACAGCAUUAGGUGACAUAAUCAUCAUGCAGCUUCAGCUUGCUGCUGUUUUCUUUACCUUCUCCCUUGGUACAAAGGCCCAUUAUUAUGGACGAACUGUGUUGCAUGGAGGGGCAAAAUACAGAGCUACUGGGCGUGGUUUUGUGGUCCGGCAUGAGAAGUUUGCUGAGAACUAUAGGAUGUACUCAAGGAGCCACUUUGUCAAAGGGCUGGAGCUUAUGAUAUUGCUUAUAUGUUAUCAGAUAUAUGGAAAGGCAGCAACUGAUGCAACAGCUUAUGCAUUUCUCACAUUCUCAAUGUGGUUCUUAGUGGCUUCUUGGUUGUUUGCUCCUUUCCUUUUUAACCCAUCUGGAUUUGAAUGGCAGAAGAUUGUAGAUGAUUGGGAUGAUUGGACGAAGUGGAUAAGCAGCCAGGGAGGUAUCGGUGUACCUGCAAACAAGAGCUGGGAGUCUUGGUGGGAAGAGGAACAGGAGCACCUUCAACAUACUGGCCUUCUGGGUCGAUUAUGUGAGAUUAUUCUUGCCAUGCGCUUCAUCGUCUAUCAAUAUGGAAUUGUCUAUCAACUACAAGUGACCAGGGAAAGUUCAGCUGGCAGAAGUCGGAGCAUUGCUGUUUAUGGUCUGUCCUGGCUGGUAAUUGUUGCUGUGAUGAUCAUCUUAAAGAUUGUUUCCAAGGGCAGAAAAAAAUUUAGCGCAGAUUUCCAGUUGAUGUUCAGACUUCUUAAGUUGUUUCUGUUUAUAGGAUUUAUGGUCAUUCUUGUUAUUCUGUUUACCACCCUUCAUCUCACAGUUGGAGACAUUUUUCAGAGCUUACUAGCCUUUCUGCCUACCGGAUGGGCGCUUCUGCAGAUAUCACAAGCAUCAAGACCAUUGUUAAAGGGUAUCAAAAUGUGGGGGUCUGUGAAGGCUCUUGCUAGAGGAUAUGAAUACAUGAUGGGAUUGGUCAUCUUUACACCAGUAGCUGUACUGGCCUGGUUCCCAUUCGUAUCGGAGUUCCAGACCAGGCUUCUGUUCAACCAAGCAUUCAGUCGAGGGCUUCAGAUCCAACGUAUUCUGGCUGGUGGGAAGAAGAACAAAUAGGUGCUGCCUCCACUUGAUCUUGAUUAUAAUUUUGGUGGGCCAUGGCCAUGUCCCCUGUUCAUAUGUACCAUAGAGAUGGCCGCAACAUGAAAGUGUCUGUUGUGUUUUAUCUUUGGCCUUGGUCGUAUUUGAAAGAAUGCAUAAGUUUGUUCUUUGAGUUCCUUACCAAUCGUAAAUAAUUUUCUUCAACAAUGAUAUUGAAAUUAAAUUCAAUGCAAUAUAUUGCAAAUGAAAAGAGACACUAU